AUGCGAAAGCGCCGCCAGGUUUGAUGCAAGCACGUGACAAUAGUUUUGAUCUCGACAUCAUACACAGACCCAGACCCAAACACACACAAGUCACAACAACAGCAACCACAACAACAACAACAGCAGCAACAUCAAACUCCAGACCGCAGCUGCAUCGACAACAGUCGCUGCCACUCGCAGACUUUUCCACUCGACCUCGUGCCAGCCAGCAAUGGCUCUCAUCCUCAUCCUCUGCGCUAGCACAGACUUCGUUCAGCCAGCAGCGCAGCACACGUGAGCAGCAUCCACAGCUGCGACACCAGCCCAUGUCCUAUCCACAGCCACGCACACACAGUCAGUCCUAUGCCUGCAAUAGCAGCAGCAGCCCCUCCAGUUCCAAUCCCAGACACACUUACCUGAACCCGAGCACCAGUUCAUUUGUUCAUGCGCCCAGAUCAUCGAAUCGCAGCUUGUCGCACUCGCAGUCGCAGUCGCAUCAUGAGCGGGACUUUGAUUGGCUGGCGCAGGCGGAUGCUGUGACGCAUGCAAUACGUAAUAAGAUUAUUGUUGAGGAGGAUGAAGAGGAUAUGUUGAGCACGGAUAGGUUUUAUUGAAGAGAUUUCAAGGCAA